AUGUUAAUUACAGCUUGGAGUUUACAAAAUUUUAUAAACUAUAGUUAUCAUGCAAUUAAAUUGAAAACAAAACUGUCACCAAUGUUUUUAUUUUGGCUGCAAUAUAAUAAUUUUUUAAUACUAUAUCUUUUAGGAACAAUUGCUGAAAUGAUUCAAAUUUUUUUAAGUUUAGCAUUUGUUGAAGAUAAUUCUUAUUAUGAAUUGGUUUUGAAAAUCGCAUUUUUAAGUUAUAUACCUAUUGCUUAUUUCACAUGGGGUCAUUUAAAACAGAGGAGGAAUUUGAAGUAUUUGGAGGUGAUAAGGAAGAGAAGUGUAAAUGAUAGACGUGGUUCAACUUUGUAG